AAGACUGUCGAUGUGGCUAUAGUGCUGUUUAACUCGAGUAUUUUAGAGUUCAGCUGUAAAUAAAGACGCCAUGGACGUUUUAUCUUUAAGUAUAUUUUUAAUCUUCAGCUUUGCACUAGCGGAGCAGGAAGAAAGGCUUCCAAAUAAAUGUGAAGUGUGCAAGUUUUUGACAGUAGAGCUGCAGGCAACUUUGGAAAGGACCGGUCGCUCCAAAGAGGUCCUGGAGCUUGGAGAAGUGCUGGACACUGGAAAACGGAAACGCAAAAUUAAGUACAACACCUCAGAAACAAGAUUAACAGAAGCUGUGGACAAUAUCUGUGAGGGAAUAUUGCAGUACAGCGUCCAUGCUGAGAGACCCGGGAGCCUUCGUUAUGCCAAGGGCACCAGUCAGACCAUGAACACACUGAAGAACCUGGUGAAUAAGGGGGUGAAGGUGGAGCUCGGUAUCCCCUACGAGCUGUGGGACGAGCCAUCUGUGGAGGUGGCAGACAUGAAGAAACAGUGUGAGACUAUGUUGGAGGAAUAUGAGAAUGUGGUAGAGGACUGGUACUUCAAUCACCAGGAGAAAAGACUGGAGAAAUUCCUGUGUGAGGAUCACGUACUAAAAGAAUCUGAGUCAGAAUGCCUUAAAGAGGUGUGGAAAGGAGACAUGGGUGUGAAGGGAUCAGCUGAAGAGUCGGAGGGCGAGCCGGAGGAAGACGGUCAAACUCACGACGCGGGAGAACUCUAAAAGCUGAAACAUGCCUGACAAACUCCGACAGCUGGACUUUUCAUUCUUCUUUGUAGAAUAUGUCCUGAGAAAGAAAAGCCAUCCCAAAAGACCAAUGAACUGGGAGCAGUGCUUUCAAUAACUUUUUUUAACUUUUGGUACUAGUUAACACUACAAAAAAAAGCAGCCACCUCAGAAAGAGACAGCGACAGUGUUAUAGCCAUUUGAGAGCUGUACCUUAAUGUGGCCGCUCGUUUGUAAAACAAGGACUUGAAAUAUUUAUGCAAUGCUGCCAAUAAUGAAAUCACUCCAUGCAUAAUGCCUUUGUUAUAAACUUCUACAGUGUUAUCUUCAAGAUCUGUACUCCCUGAGCCAUAAUGAGGGUUGUAUUGACUCUCUUACUGUUCAGUUGAAUAAUGCGUUUACUUUAUUGUUUUGAAUAAAGCAUUUUAUAUUUACA